AGGGAGGACCAGCAGGCGUCCAGAGAUCGGAGGCCGCUGCACAAGGGGUCCCAAGGAAAGGCCUGGCUCCCUCGCGGCGGUGAGGUGGUCCUUAGCAGCGGCUAUAUAGCAUUACUACCAGGAGAGAAACAAGGGAAGCACCCUUCCCCUACCUGCGCUCUUCGGUUUCAAAACCUAACUUCCGGUUCGUUAGCCGGUUCCGGUCUCCGCCUCUUACUUCCGGUCGCCUUUGGUUCCGCUGCGGCUGGUUCCUGCGUCCGCUGCCGCCGGUUCCGCCGCGAUCCAGGUAUCUUUGUCUGAAGGAAAACUGCCUCAUCAUAUGUUUCAAGGAUGGCUCUUCCUAUUAUCGUAAAGUGGGGCGGACAAGAAUAUUCAGUGACCACGCUUUCAGAAGAUGAUACUGUGCUAGAUCUCAAACAAUUUCUCAAGACCCUUACAGGAGUGCUACCUGAACGCCAGAAGUUACUUGGACUCAAAGUCAAAGGCAAACCUGCAGAAAAUGAUGUUAAGCUUGGAGCUCUCAAACUGAAACCAAAUACUAAAAUCAUGAUGAUGGGAACUCGUGAGGAGAGCUUGGAAGAUGUCUUAGGUCCACCUCCUGACAAUGAUGAUGUUGUCAACGACUUUGAUAUUGAAGAUGAAGUAGUUGAAGUAGAAAAUAGGGAAGAAAACCUAUUGAAAAUUUCCCGCCGAGUAAAAGAGUACAAAGUGGAAAUUUUGAAUCCUCCCAGGGAAGGGAAAAAGCUUUUGGUACUCGAUGUGGAUUAUACACUAUUUGACCAUAGGUCUUGUGCAGAGACUGGGGUAGAAUUAAUGCGACCAUAUCUUCAUGAAUUCCUAACAUCUGCAUAUGAGGAUUAUGACAUUGUUAUUUGGUCUGCAACAAAUAUGAAGUGGAUUGAAGCUAAAAUGAAAGAGCUGGGAGUGAGCACAAAUGCGAAUUAUAAGAUUACCUUCAUGUUGGACAGUGCCGCUAUGAUAACAGUGCAUACUCCAAGGAGAGGAUUGAUAGAUGUAAAGCCUCUUGGUGUUAUAUGGGGAAAGUUUUCGGAGUUUUACAGCAAGAAAAACACCAUUAUGUUUGAUGACAUAGGAAGAAAUUUCCUAAUGAACCCGCAGAAUGGACUAAAGGCUUGCCCUGGAUUGUGUGGAAACUCACUUCACUGCAUCGUGGUAGUGUGCCUGUGUACCCCUAGCUGCAGGGCUCAAGCAGAGAAUCUUCUCGAUCUCCCACACUCACUGCUGCUGCUGUGAAACGGCUCCGCCCGCUCUGCCUGAUUGUAAGCAGGACCCCCUACCAGUGCUUGCUCCGUGCAGAUUCUUACUGGUGGCCUCUGAGCUGCUGUGGGAGCCCAGCUGACUGACAGCUGUGGAGGUCCCUGGCCCUAAGCUGUUCUGGUGCGAGUAGAACUUAGGGGAAGAUUCUCUUCUGUCCAUUUCAAGCUGGUGGUGUGUUUUUCCAACAGUGAAGUGUAUAAAAAAUAUUUAAAACCUUCUCUACUCUUAAUGGAUACGGUAUCCACUCCUAUGGGUUCAUUGUUCUCAACGAGUGACAGUGAUUAAAUGCCAUCUGUUUUUAAAUGUCACUAUGUGAAAUUGAUGACCAGUUUGCCUCCCAGUCACAAUAAAAUGCAUUAAUACUUUACUAAAAUGACUUAUUCAGUCCUUACAGGAGUUUGUGUGACUUUUAAAAAAAUAUGCUUUUAUAAUGGAAACAUUCAAACAGAAACAGAACUGCAUAGAAUUGUAUAAACUAACCCCCAUGAAUGCAUCGUCUGCUUUAAACAACUUUUUAAUUCAUAGUUGUGUGCCUUAUACCUUAUCUACUUCCCUCUCUGACAUUUUGAAGCAAAUCCCAGACAUCAUUUCAUCUAAAAUUAGUUAAAAGUUUUUGAAAUGGUAUCUUGAGUUGUAUAUAGAUGAGCUAAUGUCUUUUAAAAAGCAGAGCUCUUUAUUGGAACUGUAACAUAAAGUGCAUAAAAUGUAUAGUCUAACAAAUUGUUUUAAGAGAACACAUGUAACUACCGUCCCAGUCAAGAUAUAAAAUCCCUUACUAAUUACAGCUCUCCACCCUGCCCACCAUCCUGACUCUUAUGCCUUUGAAAUAAAUGCUUUUUAUUAUAAAAUAUAUCAACCUUAAGAAUUUGGAAAAUAUGACUACUUUUUAUGGGAAAACUCUCAUAUAAUUAAAAAAUAUUUUUAUGGAGGCUUUAGUGAUAAAAAUGCUUAUGAUAAAAUGUGAGAGGAAGCGUUACACAAAUGUAUAAUAUCUUAACUAUAUAAAAAUUUCAUAGAAAUAUACUCCCCUGUAGCUCAAGCUUAGAUUUGGGUUAACUUUUUAUGAAUGAAGUGAUACGAAUGAGAUUAUUUAACUGGUAAGGAGCAACUGGAUUAUUCAAAGGAGGGGAAGUCUAAGCAGCUUUGCGAAGUGGAGAAGCAUGUAGGGUUCAAGUGCCAUAAGAGCUGGUGCUGUCGGGUCCAGACUGAAAAGAUAACAUAAGGGAAAUCAGGUGGAAGAGCUCUUAGCUCGGACCUUAAACACGCCAUGACUGUCAGUGAGAUCAUUUAAACAUAAUUAUUAGUAUUGCCGUCCAUGGUGAUGUUGUCACCUCAUUAACGCUGAUUUAAAUGACAGAGUAGUGUGGGUUUGUACUAGUUUUCUUACUCCAGUGUGAAGUGUUGAAUGAUGUUUGUUUUUU